AUCACGUAGAAAAAAUUUUGUGCUUCUAUUAUUUUUAUCGACAAACGCGAUUUUGAUCGCUAAUACAAACGCAUCCUUCGGGUUUCGAUAUACCAAAAGCAGUAAUGUUGAUUAGAAUGUCACCAUUGGGCAAGUAUCAAAGGCAGGUGAGGUCAGGUGAGAGACUAGUCGGAUACCAGAAUAGAUGGGAGGUGGUAAAGAAGCAACCGGGCAGGGAGGGUAGGGAGCGAAAGUGAAACGCGUCUCCAAGAAUGGGCAGGAAGGUGCGAUGACUACUACAAAGCGUUGACAGAAAAACGUUCGCGGUGGGCGAACCGCUUUGAGUUCGGAGCAUUUCGACUCGCGACUUCCUCCGUCUGUCUUUUCUCGCAGAGAGCCUCGAGAAGUGUGCGGAAAAUGGCGUGCCGCGGUUGAGAGAAGCGCGACGAUGAGGUGAUACCGUGGUGGUAUCGUAGCUGGGUAGCCAGCACGCAACGGGAGGAGUGAAACCGAACGAAGGAGAGGGAACGAGAGGGAGAAGCGCGUGCCAUGUUACGAACGUGUUGCUGAUGCGAUGCAAGCCAGUGAUUCUCACGUCGCGUCACGAGGUAACGGAUGGAAGAAGAAGGUUGCUCCUGCGCGUACCUCGACGUAUAUACUCAGUGAGCGUGAAGCCGCGGUGACGUAAACGCGUGUCCGCAGAGGCCGUCCUUCUCCGCGAGUACAUAACGAGGAGUGCACCUACUUCCAUUUACGGCGGCGAGAUGACGAGGAAGCUCAGCAAGUUCUUGAUACUUUUCGACAACACGAAUCUACUGUAUUUCCCCGGCCACUUCUUGUCCGGCCGUGUGCUCAUAGAGCUGGACGAUGAAGCUUACGUCUCGGGACUGCAUUUCCAUGUUGUGGGAGAAGGUGUAGUUCGAGUACGCAGUCAACGUGCCGAGAGAGUUUACGACAAAGAGAAUUACAUCGAUUUUCGCAUGCGGCUGCUGGGUGAACCAGGCGAAGGACCGUCAUUGUUAUCUCCCGGAAUACAUAGCUUUCCCUUCAAAUUGGGAUUACCGUUGGGUCUACCCUCCACUUUUCUCGGAAAACAUGGAUGGGUGCAAUAUUAUUGUAAAGCGGCUCUUCGCGAGCCAGGUGGACUUACUCACAAAAAUCAACAAGUCUUCAUCGUUAUGAAUCCGAUCGACUUAAAUCUGGAACCACCGAUAUUAGCGCAACCCGCGAGGCAAGAGAUCGAACAGCGCGUGGGUGUCUCUUGCGUAUCGGGCGGGCCUGUGUUCUGCAGAGUGAGUCUGGACCGGGGUGGAUACGUACCAGGGGAAACGAUCGGUAUUUCUGCCACUGUCAGCAAUCGCAGCAAGGUGACGAUGAAAUCAACCAAGGCGUCGCUCACCGAAACGAUACAAUAUUUGUGUCGGGGUAAAGUGCUCGCAAGCGAGACUCGCGAAUUAGCUAGCGUCUCCAGAGGGAAGAUCCGGCCGGGUGAGGGCGAGGAGUGGCUAAACGAACAAAUGUACGUUCCUCCCUUGCCGCCGACGAAUCUCAGAGGAUGCCACUUGAUCAACGUUCUCUACCAUGUUUAUUUCGUCAUAAGCCCGAAGAGUUUGGACAAGGAAAUCAAGUUACAAAUACCGAUCGUGCUUGCCACGUAUCCCCUGAGACCGGAGGGUGCACCAGCUGGUACGGCGCCGUCCAAACGGGGUGCUCAUUAUCCCUCGACGCUACCCAUUUUUCGACCUUGGCUUGACGACAAGGCCUUCGAAAUACAAGAGUGAAAGCUUAACAUAUCUAUUAUUGGAUUAUUACGAAAUUAGUGCCUCAAUAUAAAGGUACUAAUUUUCUAUGAUCACAUUCAGAUGAUUGCGAUCAUAGUCGUAUGCAUGCGCUUAUAAUUAGGUCUGUUUUUUUAUAUCUAAACUAGUGUACAUUUGUUGUACUUAUAAUGAAAUAGAUAUAUGUUUGAAAUUUAGCGAAAGCGAAAUAGAAAGUUUUAAUGCUGUUCGGUGCUGCAAUAAAAAACAGGCUUAUUAUUUCAUUAAAAA